CCCAUGGCGCUCCCUGUCCUUCUGCUGCUGCUGGUGCUGGGCACAGGUACCCGUGCCAUGACCACCGAGACAACCAUGGAGAUGGAAACCACCGAAACGACCACCGUGGAGAUGACCACGGAAAGCACCGCCAGCACCUGGCUGCCAAAUAUAUUCCCCAAAAGCACACGGGCCAGCCGGCCCCAAACCCCUGUCUUCCCCUACGCCACUGCGUCCCCUGGCAAAAACACCACGAACCUCCAGUUUGGCAACCACUCCACCAGCAAUGCCACAUCCAAUGGCACUGUGGUGCCUGUCCCCAGCAGCCCAGCCAUGCCCCAUGCCAAUGCCACCUCAAACAGCAGCAGCUGGGCACCCCAUCUUGGCACCAACGGCAGCUCUGCUGCUCCCACCACCAUGCACGGCAGCACCAAAGGCAACGGGAGCACCAGUGCUCAGGUCUUUCCCACCCAGAUAACGUCUGAGAGCAGCACAGCUCCCACCCAGGGUGGUCCCAACCCCAGCAAAACCUCAGCCCAGCUGCCUGGUCCUGCCCAGCUGCUCGUCCGUGUCCCGCUGUCCUUCCGUAUCAUCAACAGGAGCUUCAACGAGAGCCUGCGUGACCCAGCAUCAGAGGAUUACAGGAGCCUGAGCCGCACUGUCCUGACCAUGUUCCAACACGUCUUUGGCUGCCCGGGCUGCAUGGGCACGCAGACCUACACCGGGUGCAGCGAGCUGCAGUACAGCCAAGGCUCGGUGCAGGUCCAGUCCACCCUCGUGUUUGGGAAUGGAAGCGAUGCCGUCACUGCCGACGCUGCUGAGCAGCGCCUGAGGAAGAGCCUGGACCAGAACGGCUUCAUCAUGGGCCUGCAGCUGGACAGCAUCCAGAGCUCUGCAGCAGUGAUAUCCCCAGCUCCAGCGCCCAUGAUCCCGGACUGGGCCAUCGCUCUGUUGGUCCUGGUCAGCAUCCUGCUGCUCUUCACCAUCUUCACCUGUCUCCUCCUGAUGUCCACCUGCACCUGCCGCCGCAAGAGCCGAGGGAAGCUGGACCUGCUCAGCCAGAAGGAUUCCUACCACCCCAUGGCUGAGUACCUGCAGUACCAGAGCCACGGGCGCUACGUGUCCCCCAACAGCAAACCCAACCCCUACAGCCAGGUGGCCGGCGGCAGCACCACGAGGUCCGGCACCUUCACCUACACCAACCCCACCGCCGGCUCCGACAACCUGUGAAGGGCUGGCUGGAAGCAGCGCGGCUGCCGAGGGGAGGGGGCAGCCCCAGAGAGCCGCCCCCCACUCCCGGGAGGGCAGCACCGGCCCCGGGCGCAUCCCCCGGUGCUGCUCGGCCGUGGGCAGCGGGAGCCGGACGGUUCUGGAGCAGCCGGAUUCGCGCACAUGACAGAACUGCACGAGCGGAGAUGGGAGA